AGGAAAAACAUUAACAGGCGGCGGGAAUCCCAAUAAUAUUUAAGAAGUAGCGCUGCACAUAAUUUGGAGCUGUUUGUAUGCAAGAUUGCGGGAGAUGGCUCUUGCGUUGCCGGGGCAUUUAUAGCUAAAUAUUCUAUUACUUCAAUUCAACAGGUACCUAGUUAUCCAAUAUUUUGCAAGUCAAGUCGUCAUUCCCGAAUCAUCUCCGAACCUAUGAAAACCAAACUUGAUUGAAUUUACCAGUUGAACAGUUUGCGACAUAUCAAAUAUCUCCAUUAAGAAAAUCUCAGGGUCAUCUCAUUCUAUUAGAGAUCUAAAUCUUACGAGGAAACAUGUCAGACCCAGCUUUUGAUGCCAAGUCCGCAUCGUUUUUGGAGUGGUUUAGGACCUGGCCUGGAGCGACUUUCCAUCCUAAUAUCAAGAUUGAAGAUCUACGCGCAAACGGCGCCGGAAGAGGAAUUGUUACCACUGCGGACAUCCCUGAGGAUACCGUACUGUUCUCCAUUCCGAGAAUAGCAAUCAUCAACGCGGAGACUUCUGACCUCCCUAAAUGCAUACCCCAAGUCUUCGAGACGACGGGCUUAGAGGACACUGAUAAUGAAGCCGACGAAGAUGGGAGCGAAACCAGCGGCCCUCCCGAUAACUGGAUCUCACUUAUUCUCAUCAUGAUGUAUGAGUAUCUUCAAGGUGACAGGUCUCGAUGGAAACCCUACUUCGACGUGCUUCCUGACCAAUUUGAGACCUUGAUGUGGUGGUCGAAUCAAGAGCUGAGCGAGCUGCAAGCAAGUUCAAUUGUGUCCAAGAUAGGUAAAGACGAGGCGGAUGGCAUAUUCCGUACUCGAGUACUGCCAAUAAUCAAUGAGCAUGCCGAUGUCUUCUAUCCAGAAGGAUCCGGUAGGCUUAGCGAGGAUCAGUUGAUGCUUCUAGCGCAUCGCAUGGGCAGUACCAUUAUGGCAUACGCUUUCGACUUGGAGAACGAAGACGAAGAAGCUGACCCUGAGAAUGGCGAGGAAUGGGUUGAAGAUAAAGAAGGCACCCUCAUGAUGGGCAUGGUGCCGAUGGCCGAUAUCUUGAAUGCAGAUGCCGAAUUCAACGCUCACGUCAAUCACGGCGAAGACAGCUUGACCGUCACUACCCUGCGGCCGAUUGUUGCCGGAACCGAGGUACUCAACUACUAUGGGCCUCUCGGAAAUGGCGACUUAUUAAGACGCUACGGAUACGUAACGAAAAGCCAUUCCCGAUAUGAUGUGACGGAAGUAUCAUGGGACUUAGUAUUGUCUGUAUUAAAGGACACGCUCGGAUUGGAUGAAGCUGCCUGGGGUAAAGUAGUUAAUGAGCUAGACCUGGAGGAAAUGGAGGACGCUUUUGUCAUAGAACGUGAUUCAGGGGAGCCGAAUUCCAAUGGCGAACUUUGGGAUGAGCCGGCCUUUAAGGAGCUUCCCUCGGAUCUGGUUGAGCAGCUCCAUGGGGUACUCAAAGCGAUCAGGAAGAUCAGCCCAGCCACUAUUCCAGAUAAGACGAUACGGGACGAAAUCUCAUCGUUGGUUAUACAUCGCGCCCUCGAACUAAGACUGGCGCAAUAUACUACGAACCAAGUGUACGAUUUGGAUCUACUGUCCGGCAAUAAGGUUUCAGGCCGGCAGAGGAUGGCCGUAACUGUGCGAUGGGGCGAGAAAGUUCUACUACAAGAAGCUAUCAACUUCGUGCAAGAAAGAGUGCAUAAGUUGAAGGCCAGAACAAACACAGAGUCCGAACCAUACGCGAAAAGGCAAAGAACUAGGUGAAGGAUGAGCACGAGCAUCUACAUGGAAAGGUUAAUGUAGAUUGGGAUGCUGUCUCCCUAUGUUUUCCCCGACAACGUUCAGCCACGCGUGCCCACCCGAUAACCUCACCUUUACGUAGGCAGCUCAGAAAAUAAAUUAAGGGGGCAUUGGCCGCCCAUAGGGCCUGGCUGUUCCUGUUAAACGCAGGCUGGGGCGGGGUCGAUCUCAUGUCUUACUUUCCGGCCAGCCUAUCAGGUUACCAGCUAUGUCGUGUUAAAUAUGCGCGAAAAUGCAGGGACUAGGUUAGAAAAUAAGGUGCGACCUGGGCGAGAAGAGUUUAGAGAGCUUGCAGGUAACCUGCUAUGUAAGGUAAUUAGAUAAUGAAUGAAGACCUCACGGCGAACUAU